AUGAGUUUGCUAGAUCUCCCCCUUGCAAUUGUUGCACUGUUGAGCCUUGUUUCCUAUUUAGAAUGUCAACCACAUUUAACACCCCCAAGUACAAGCGACUCAGGUACUAUUCCGUCAAACAUCACGACACCAUCGACAGUAGAUUCCUCCAUAACACCCGAUUUUCGAGAUCCCUGUGCUCAGCUACCGCUCACACCCGACUUGUGGCAGUCUCUGGAUCUCGAUAAUUAUUUGAAGAGCUUUCCCGACGGGGAAAGGUUAUCACUUGAGCUUUUUGCAGAAAAGGCCGGAGCCACCAACUUCGAGUGUGGAAUCGGAAAGAUGUGCGACGCUAAUCAGAUAUGCUUCCCAGUCCGUGGUCGAGAUUGGUAUAUCCUUGUUGCUGCUCAAAAUUGGAAUUCACUUAGCAAUGAAAUUUACCAGGCAAUGACUUUUGCUUUGAGUAUCGUUGGAGGCUUGGCUUCAUCCAUCGUCAAUGAUUACGCGCCAAAAGAACCUGAUAUUAUCAUGAGAGGCAUCCAAUUCUGGGGUAUUUUUGUGGGUAUAUGUGGAAACAUACCCGGCUUUGCCUUUCCAGAGAUAUCCGCCCCUUUUGGGGAUACAUUUUGGCCUGUUUUUCAGAUUGGCACAGGCUUUGCAAGCAAUAUUUUAAACACAUACCAUAACGUAAUUGCUACGCUUCCGGUUGAUGAAAGCUCAAAGACUAUGGAUGUGCAAUAUCUAUUAUCAAAAGCUCAAGCGCAAGUCCAAGCACAGCUCUCAAACUCCAUGAAUCAAAUCAUCUCAGGCGGUAUCAGCACAGACACAGGAUUGUAUGGGGUCCUGAAGGGGGGAAUAUUCCUCAACGACCAAUUCGUCAGUGCGGAACGCUCGGAGGAUGAGAUAAAAGCUGCGAUUUUAGCGGUAGCUCGGGCACGCCUCAUUGCAGCUGUUUGGAAAGCAACUAAUCAUUUCAUAAUACGCGGAUAUAAACCAUGCACUCAAGAUGGACCAAAUGGAGCGUUGCCCGAUGAUGAUGUGUUUUCCUAUUGCAGCCCAGAUGGAAUAAUGAUGAAUGUUGUGCAAUCACACAGAGGAAAAUUGCUUCAAAAAUUUCCAUCAGCACAUUUACUUUCCCCCAAGUACAACCUCACAACUCAGUACUUUGUUGAGCAGUCUUGGAAUUGUCAAGAAAAGUAUGGAAGUUACAAUUAUGAUCCAUAUAAGGGAAAAGAAAUUCCAGCAAGCUUGGAGUCGGACGCUGAAUGCAUUGUUGGCCUGGCAGUUUGUGAUAUGACUCAAAAGGAAAUAAAAAAGGUGGCAAAGAAGAAGGGAAUAGUCAAAGCUUGCCGGGAGGUUGGGAGGCUACCAAAAAUCUAAAGAAGCUUAAUAAAAAAACACUACCCCCUGUUGUGCUGGAUAGUAUUAUAACAGGAAAUACAAUAUUCCAUUUGGAAUCUUCACCAAGAACCAUAUGCACAUGGGAAUAAUUUCUU